CUUCCUCUGUGUGGUUCCCCCCCAUCCACCCACCCAUCCAUCCCAAAAUCCCGCCGAGCCCGGCGCUUCCAUGGUGCGGGAAGGCGGCAUGGCCCGGACCCCCUACAGCUCCACGCAGGACAUCCAGAUGGACGUCUUGGACAACGCCGCGCUCCAGGGCAAGUACAGCAGGCGCAAGAGCCGCUUCAAGCGCUCGGACGGCAGCACCUCCUCCGACACCACCUCCAACAGCUUCGUCCGCCAGGGCUCGGCUGAGUCCUACACCAGCCGCCCCUCGGACUCGGAUGUGUCGCUGGAGGAGGAUCGGGAGGCGCUGCGCAAAGAGGCCGAGCGCCAGGCCAUGGCUCAGCUGGAGAAAGCCAAGACGAAGCCGGUGGCGUUCGCCGUGCGCACCAACGUUGGCUACAACCCCUCGGCCACCGACGACGUGCCCGUGCAGGGCAUGGCCAUCUGCUUCGAGCCCAAGGACUUCCUGCACAUCAAGGAGAAGUACAACAACGACUGGUGGAUCGGGCGGCUGGUGAAGGAGGGCUGCGAGGUCGGCUUCAUCCCCAGCCCCGUCAAGCUGGAGAACAUGCGGCUGCUGCAGGAGCAGAAGAUGAGGCAGAACCGCCUGAGCUCGAGCAAAUCGGGUGACAACUCCAGCUCCAGCCUGGGCGAUGUCGUGACAGGGACCCGCCGGCCCACGCCCCCGGCCAGCGCGAAGCAGAAGCAGAAGUCGACCGAGCACGUGCCCCCGUACGACGUGGUGCCCUCCAUGCGCCCCAUCAUCCUCGUGGGGCCGUCCCUGAAGGGCUACGAGGUCACGGACAUGAUGCAGAAAGCGCUGUUUGAUUUCCUGAAGCAUCGCUUUGAUGGCAGGAUCUCCAUCACACGAGUCACAGCCGACAUCUCACUGGCCAAACGCUCCGUGCUCAACAACCCCAGCAAGCACACGAUCAUCGAGCGCUCCAGCACCCGCUCCAGCCUGGCCGAGGUGCAGAGCGAGACCGAGCGGAUUUUCGAGCUGGCCCGGACGCUGCAGUUGGUGGCCCUGGAUGCCGACACCAUCAACCACCCGGCCCAGCUGGCCAAGACCUCCCUGGCCCCCAUCAUCGUCUACAUCAAAAUCACCUCCCCCAAGGUGCUGCAGCGGUUGGUGAAGUCCAGGGGGAAGUCCCAGGCCAAGCACCUCAAUGUGCAGAUGGUGGCCUCGGACAAGCUGGCACAGUGCCCGCCUGAGAUGUUCGACAUCGUUCUGGACGAGAACCAGCUGGAGGAGGCGUGCGAGCACCUGGCCGAGUACCUGGAGGCGUACUGGAAAGCCACGCACCCUCCGAGCAGCAACCCCCCGAACCCGCUGCUGAACCGCACCAUGGCCACGGCCGCGCUGGCCGCCAGCCCCGCGCCCGUCUCCAACCUGCAGGUACAGGUGCUCACCUCCCUGCGCAGGAACCUCAACCUGUGGGGCCGCGAGGCCACCCCCAGCCCCCCCGGAGCCCUCGAGGAGCACGCGCUGUGA